AUGUACAUGAAAGAAAGAAGAGUAUAUCAGAUUAACUUUAUUGGAGUUUUUAAGAAUAUGGCUCUUAUGAGCAGUUUGCUGGGAAUUCUUGGUUUUGGAGUUGGAAUUUGUGGUGGACUCUUGGUGGGGUUCUUCCUUUUCAUUUACAGAGAGCCUAAUGAAGUGCAGGAUCCAGUUGUAAGACCACUAUAUGAAUUAGACACAGCAGCUUUGGAAGAAAUUUUACCCGAAAUUCCAAUGUGGGUGAAAAACCCUGAUUAUGAUCGAGUAGACUGGCUAAAUAAGUUCAUCUUGCAAAUGUGGCCUUAUCUCAAUAAGGCUGUUUGUCUUAGGAUAAGAAGCAUGGCACAACCUAUAUUUGAAAAGUACAUUGGGACGUUUCGUAUCGAAGAAAUCGAGUUUGAGGCUCUAAGUCUUGGAACUCUUCCUCCUACUGUUUCUGGUUUGAAAGUGUAUGACACUAAUGAGCAAGAGCUAGUCAUGGAUCCUGUAUUUCGAUGGGCAGGCAAUCCCAACAUAAUUUUGACAUUGAAAUUGUUGUCUCUAAGACUCAAAAUUCAGCUAGUGGAUCUGCAAAUAUUUGCUGCUCUACGGGUAACUCUAAAACCUCUGGUUCCCACCUUUCCUUGUUUCGCAAGCAUCGCAAUUUCUUUGAUGGAGAAGCCUCAUGUUGAUUUUGGCAUGAAAAUAAUGGGAGGGGACAUCAUGGCUAUACCUGGUCUCUAUCACUAUGUUCAGGAAACUAUUAAAAAACAAGUAGCAAGACUAUACCUUUGGCCCCAAACUCUUGAAUUGCCUAUUCUUGAUGCUUCCACGGUGGCUGCAAAGAAGCCAGUAGGAAUACUACACGUCAAGAUUGUUCGGGCCGCUAGACUUUUGAAGAAAGACAUUUUGGGAACUUCUGAUCCUUAUGUCAAACUCAGCUUUAGUGGAGAGAGGCUGCCACCAAAGAGAACUAGUGUCAUCAUGAACAACUUGAACCCUGAGUGGAAUGAGAAGUUCAAGCUUAUUGUCACCGACCUGCAGCUUCAAGCUCUUGAGUUUCAAGUCUAUGAUUGGGACAAGGUCGGUGGACAUGACAGAAUAGGAAUGCAGUUAAUUCCUCUAAAGCUGCUAACACCAAAUGAGACGAAGGAAUUUACAUUAGAUCUGGUCAAGAACACGAAUGUCAACGAUCCUCAGAACAGGAAGCGAAGAGGGAAACUUGUGGUGGAGCUGACUUAUGUUCACUUCAAAACAGACAGCUUCAAGUUGACUGGAAAUGUCAAUGGCUGUGAAAGCAAGGAAAGCGCGGGAAGUAGGAUGUCAAAUGGAGACGCCUUGGGAAGAGCCGGUGUACUCUUGGUAAUGAUCCAGGCGGCUGAGGAUGUAGAAGGAAAGCAUCACAACAAUCCUUAUGCUUCAAUUCGCUUUCGAGGAGAAAAAAGGAAGACAAAGAUGAUGAAGAAAGCCCGCGAUCCAAUCUGGAAUGAAGAAUUCCAGUUCAUGCUUGAGGAGCCCCCUUUGCAUGAGAAGAUCCACAUUGAGGUUCUAAGCAAAAGGACAGGCAUUCGUCUUAGAUCAAAGGAAUCAUUGGGAUACGUCGAAAUUAAUCUCGGUGAUGUCGUGCACAAUGGACGCCUUAACCACGAGUACCACCUAAUCGAUUCGAAAAAUGGCAAAAUACAUGUGGAGCUAAGUUGGAAAAUGGCUUGAUUAAUAGUAAAGCAAUGGAUUGCUAACUUCAACUUGCAAAGAAUCUCAAUCUCGGCUGACUGAACUGACUACAGAUUAAGAACUACACAUAGAAGAAGAAAAAAUGAAAA